CUGACUUGACUAAUUAAAUAAUUAAUUCUGUGUUAAUUGUUCUUAGUUUGUUGGAACACUGACACUAAAGUAUUGAUCAGCUUGGUAUAUGUUUUCGUAUUUUGAGGUCAGGUGGCCAAACUGUACCAUGAUGUGAGCAUCGGCAAUGCAGUGAAUAUCAUUGUCACAAGACUGGUUCUUCUAACUGAUGAACAGCCAAAUCUAAGCAUCACUCACCAUGCUGACCGAUCUUUGGGUAGUUUUUGUCGCUGGCAGAAGAUGAUUAAUUCUCCAAUCCAUUCCAAUGUAACUCAGCAGAAUAGAGGAAUUGCUCAUCAUGAUAAUGCUGUUCUUUUAACCAGGUAUGAUAUCUGCACAUACAAAAACAAACCAUGUGCAACACUAGGCCUGGCACCAGUUGCAGGAAUGUGUGAAGAAGAAAGAAGCUGCAGUAUAAAUGAAGAUAUUGGUCUUGCCUCAGCUUACACCAUUGCACAUGAAAUGGGCCACAAUUUCGGGAUGCAGCAUGAUGGUGCUGGCAAUUUGUGUGGUACACCAGGACAUGAACGAGCUAAGAUCAUGGCAGCACAUCUGACGAAGGAGACAACACCAUUUCUGUGGUCAAGCUGUAGCCGAGAAUAUAUUACCAACUUUCUUGAUUCACGACGAGGUUAUUGUCUGGAAGAUGCUCCGAAAGAAAAAGAUUUUGAAUUCACUGAUGAGUUACCAGGGAGAAAUCAUAAUGUAGAUGAACAAUGUAAACUUCAAUUCUUCUCUAAGUCAACAGAAUGCAAACCUCUGGAGGUCUGUCAACAGCUGUGGUGUUUGAAUUCCAGUGGGAAAUGUGUCACCAAUGGUAUACCUGCUGCUGAUGGUUCUGAAUGCCAGAUGCCACGCAGACGGAAAAAGGGGUACUGUUAUCGAGGACAAUGUGUAAAAGAAGACUUUCGACCUCAGAGUGUCAAUGGUGGCUGGAGUGAGUGGACAUCCUGGACUAACUGUUCUCGUAUGUGUAAUGGGGGUGUUGAAUCCAGUGAGAAACACUGUAAUAACCCAAAACCCAAACAUGGUGGGAGAUAUUGUAUUGGAAGAAGGAAGAAGUACCGUUCUUGUAACACACAUGAUUGCCCUGCUGGCGAAACAGAUUUUCGAGAAAUCCAGUGUACCUCUUACAACAAUGUACCUUUCCGUGGUCGUUACUACACAUGGAAGCCAUUUACAGGCUCUCAUGUGAAACCAUGUGCACUAAACUGCUUAGCAAAUGGAUAUAACUUUUACACUGAACGUGCACCAAAGGUCAUUGAUGGUACUAGGUGUUUCCCAGACAAACUUGAUAUUUGCAUCAAUGGGGAAUGUUGGAAUGUUGGCUGUGAUCAUGUUCUUGGAUCUGCUGCAAAGGAAGAUAAAUGCCGAGUAUGUGGUGGAGAUGGAUCUACAUGUAAAACCAUAUCUGGUACUUUUGAUCAAAUCUUAACUCAGGGAGACUACCAUGAAGUUGUAAGAAUUCCAAGAGGUGCUAUGAAUAUAAGAAUUGCUGAGAAAGCUGAAAGCAAGAAUUAUCUAGCACUAAAGAAUGAGGGCAGUGUCUAUUAUAUCAAUGGUGGGUGGACUAUAGAUUGGCCGCGUAAGUUUGCAGUUGCUGGAACUAUUGUACAUUAUGAUCGACAUAAUGAUGAACCAGAAUCCUUUUAUGCUCUAGGACCUAUCCAGGAGAAUUUUGUUGUAAUGGUUUUGUUGCAAGAAGAAAACACUGGGAUUACUUAUGAAUAUAACGUACCAUUUGAGGCUAACAAGACCUCACAUGAUGUGACAAAAUAUUCAUGGAAACAUUCCAACUGGUCUGAAUGUUCAAAGACAUGUGGUAAAGGUCAGAGUGUUGCCACUCCUAUGUGUCGGAUGGAAGCAAAUGGUAUACCUGUGAAUGAAGCAUUGUGUUCUCCACAGCCAAAGCCUGGACAGCUAAACCAAUGGUGUAACUUACAGCCAUGCCCACCUCAGUGGCAAACUGGGAACUGGACUGAAUGUAGCCAGAGUUGUGGUGCAGGUGGCAUCAGGAAACGGUCAGUGAUAUGCAUCCAGUUUAUUGAUGACAAUGAACAGGUGAUUCUGGAAGAUAAAGACUGUGCUAACACACAAGUACCUCCGCAAUCUCAAGAGUCUUGUAACCAUAAAGUUUGUCCACCAAUAUGGCUGGCCUGGGAGUGGUCUGAGUGUGUACCAAAAUGUGGUCGGAAUCGGUUAAAGACAAGAGAGGUACGGUGUGUGUCCAGCAGUAGUCGCAGGAAUCUAGAUGAAAGUAUGUGUGACUCUAAAACUCGACUGCCCAGCCAAGCUUGGUGUGAGAUCAACAACUGUGAGCAAGCUCAUUGGGAUCGUGGACCUUGGAGCCUGUGUUCAGUUUCUUGUGGUCCUGGGAAGAAACAUCGGACUGUGAAGUGUAGGACUUCAACAGGGAGUCCAAGUAAUAAGUGUGCUCGUCGAAGAAAACCCCCCUCUGUCCAGGAAUGUAAUACCCCAUGUCCCCACACAGAAGAAAAUAAAGAGGGAACUGAAGAGUGUGUGGACAAAUAUCAUGUAGCAUACUGCCCCCUAGUGGUGCAAUCACAGUACUGCAAUCGACCCUAUUUUCAAAGGCUUUGCUGUCGAGCAUGCCAGCUAGCUCAGAAUUCAAACCACUGAUGAGAAUGUAAGAAGAAUUUACAGCUUGUUUACCAAAUGUAUUUCUUUAAGAGAAUCAUGCCAAAGAACUGCAAUGCCUGUUGAUUCAUAUUCUUGAUUCUCUUUCAGUUGCUAUCAGCCUUUUGAGUGUUUUUUUCUUCUGUUACUUGUCGUUUAAUAUUGACUUUUUAGUUUCAUAUAGUUACUCAACAACUUGUUUUCUCUCUCAAUCUUCCUUUCUAUUUUCCUAUUUCCCUUUCUUUCUUUCUUUCUUUCUUUCUUAACCUCUCAUUUUAUUUCUCUCUAAUUCAACUUCUGUAAUUCUCAGAUACUUUUUCCCCAAUCCUUCACUAUAUUCAAAGAUAAAGUGUCUAUUUAAGAUGUGCCAGUAUAGUCCUUCACAGUCUCGAUUACAUUUCAGUAAAAUACAGUACCUCUUCA